UCCCGCACUAUUCAACGAUCACUUUCUUCGAGAUCGCUUCGUACCGAAGGAUCCGCUCUUCGCGACGCGCUAAUCCUACUCGAGGAUCGAUCGGCGUCGUCGAGGCUAGUCAGGCUAUGCAGAUCCAUAGAUCAUAGUGAUCGGUGUGGUGAUCCAGCGCGGAUAUUCUUGAUUUCGCUGGUAAUGUAUCGUAUUCGUGGUGAUUUGCUUGUCCUGCUGGUGGUCGUUCUCGCGGAGGCCCAGUGUGCCAUGAUAAGAAUCAUCCGGGAGGAUCAUUUUACAUCACAGAGGCAGCCGCGCUCGAUUGUCUUGCCGAAGGUCCAGCCGAAAAACGAUGUCUCGUUGUCAACGAUCACAACCACCACCGGCCGCAUCUUCAACGGCAAACCGAGCCGAAGGGGCGCGUGGCCUUGGCAGGUGUCCCUUCAGUUAUUGCAUCCGAAACUGGGCUUUAUCGGUCAUUGGUGCGGCGGUGUGCUGAUUGAUCCUAAAUGGGUGAUAACCGCCGCCCACUGCAUUCACAACGAAUUGUUCAAUUUACCCAUCGGUGCGCUAUGGACGGCGGUGGUCGGCGAAUGGGAAUUGGACUCAGGAGGACGCGGAUCCGCACGCUUGCCCGUCGAGAAAGUGAUCCUCCAUGAGAGAUUCAAUAAUUACGUACACGACAUAGCCUUGAUGAAACUCGCCAGGCCGGCACCUUUAUCCAAGGUCGUCCGUACUAUCUGCCUUCCUGGUCCCGGACAAGAUCUCAGCGAAGGACAAUGCGUGACCUCCGGCUGGGGCCGAUAUGGUCCCUCGCCUUCACUCUCCACUGCUCUUUUGGAGGCCAGUGUCCCGCUUCUAAAUCUGGAGGAGUGCCUGCAGGCCUAUGGUACCUCGGUACCCAUUAGAAAAGGCCACCUCUGCGCCGGUCAGAUUGACGGUUCCUCGGGAAGCUGCGUGGGUGAUUCUGGAGGGCCUCUGCAGUGUCGUCGUACCGAUGGCGUUUGGCAGCUAGCCGGCGUCACAUCUUUCGGAUCCGGUUGUGCCAGACCAGGCUACCCAGACGUGUACACUAAGAUACAACAUUACCUGCAUUGGAUCAACAAAACAAUCGAUGCAAACAAUGACGAGCGGAGAUAA